GCCACCGAGUCAUGGUAAUAUAUCUCAAAGUAACAAAGUAAUCUACAAGCUUCGCCUCCUUCUUUUCCUGAUUUCAAUAACGAUCAAAAUCAAGUUAACGCCUUGUCCAUUUCUCCGUGAUAACAAAGAUCUUCACACUCUACUCACUCAACAGUAAAGUACGUACCACUCCUGCCUCAGGUCCUCCCUCCCGGACUUCACCCACCCUUACCACCACCCACCUCUCCAGUCUCUCCCCAAUGCCACAUCCCCUUCUCGCCUCACCUUACCUGCAAUGCAACAUCCUUCCCUCCCUCCCGCUCGCUCGCAUCCUACCGUACCGCAAGAACCCCUCUAUCCCUCCCAACGGCCUCCCACCCACCCCUUUGUCAUGAAACCACCCCCCAAUCCUCUCCCCCGUUGCACAACCUCCAAGCAAUAUAAAACCCCACCACCACCACCACCACGGCCUCCCACCCUCUCCGUCAUGAAACGCACUCACUCACCCGUCCGUCCCGUCCGUCACACAACCUCACGCUACGCACCGCAAAACAAUAUAAAAAAACCCCUCGCCACCUUCCCACGCCCACGACUUCUGGGACAUAAAUUGCAGCCGGCGCAAGGAGUUUCGGGCCUGUUGUCCACCUGCGUUCUCAUUGGGGCUGGGCCGGCGAUAGCUGUCCGGGAGAAAGUUUCCGUUCGUCUGGUCUUUGGUAAGAGGGUGAGGGAGCCGUGAGGAAGAGGGAGGGUUGUAGUGCAGCGGAGCGGGUAGGAAGUGACCCAAGCCGGAGAUUUUUCACGCUCGGUUAGCUGGCUGGCUGGUUAGCAGGCUCCUAGGCAAGGGGUGUUCGUUCCUCGGACUUCCAGCCUGAUUGUAUCGCGCUGCUGCAACAGUACU